AGCCAGCACCCUCUCUCCCUCUCACCUCCCUCUCACCUCCCUCACCUCCCUCUCACCUAUCUCCUUCCCCCCCUCACAUUUCCGUGCUGCUGUCCAGUUUCCAUCCCUACACGCGCUCUCUUCCAUCCGUUUGUGAGGUAAUUCGUGUCUACAGCAACAUCCCUGAACUGGAUGCUCUUUCAGCAACGAAAUUUCACAGAAAGCCCAUUUGGGCACUCCAGAAACAGCAGUGCGGCUAACGUCACGAGUGUUGCCCACGCCCAUGUCCAUUUGGAGAUGUACGAGUUUAGGGCGUGCAGGCGCUGCGUGUAGGUCGUUCGCGCCAAGAAUGGAAGGCUCUGCUGCUUUGGCGCCACGGGCAGGACUCUUCGUAAAGCACGAGGCUUCCGAUUUAAAAUGUCUGGGUGGCCGUGUGGCGCGGCGUGAGGGACGCCGCAGAGCGCGCGGACUCGCGGUGACGGCAUCAUGGAACGUGGUGCAUCGCGGCAUCGACCGCGCGUUCACGGAGCUGUCGGAGCUGGACGCGACACCCGGGCAGGACGGCCGGCAGGUGAUCAACGUGCCGGAGCUGUACACGGGCGUGCUGCUGGUCUUCGACAACGUGAAUCAGCUCGUUCCAGGGAUGCACGUCAGCCCGCCCACAAAGAAACAAGUCGUGCAGCUUGUACAGGAGUACGAUAUCAACCACGACGGCGUGCUCGACAGGGAAGAGUUUGGACGGCUCGUGCAACACUUCGCGCGCACCAUUGCUGCCCGCGUGUGCGUCAACCUGCUCCUCAUCUUCUCCCUCGUGCCCUUCCUCGUGUCCAUCGCCAGCAAGCUCGCAGCUAAGGCCGGAUUGAAGUUGCCGCAAGCUCUUGCUGCGACGGUGUUCACUUUACUCAUAAAAAUGACAGGAGCAUGGUUUGUCUGAUUAUAAGUCUGCACUUGCAUAAAACGUAUUAUGUGGCACUAACUAAGCAGCCACAAUUGAUGGAAUAUACCUGUUGAAGGACU